AUGGCGUCCGAUGCCAAUUCGGAGGUGUUCGAGCUACCGGCAGAGACGGUGGUGCUUCCAUCUCUCCCCGCCGCAGCCAUUGGACACAGUGGCGUCCAUAUGGACAAUGACGGCCGCGUGAGCAUCGACUGGGAGUCCAGCUUUGUGCGGAGAUUCUCGAAGCUGUAUAGAAGUCCAUUGCUUGGACGAUCUACAAUACCACCGCCAGGUUACUCUGAGCUGGACCCGCGCUCGGCCGACCAUCCAGUACAAAGCCCUGCAUCAUCAGCAGACUAUUCCGAUUCUGUCGUCAACCUUGAUAAAAGCUGGAAGCUCACGCUGAAUAUUGUUAUACAAGUCGUUGGAAGCCGAGGCGACGUGCAACCGUUCAUUGCCCUCGGAAAUGAACUUCAGCGAUAUGGACAUCGUGUACGACUAGCUACGCACGAUGCGUUUGAAAAUUUCGUGACGAGCUCUGGCUUGGAGUUCUAUCCGAUCGGAGGCGAUCCAGCCGACCUGAUGGCGUACAUGGUGAAGAACCCCGGCCUGAUUCCAAGUAUAGAGAGCCUGCAGGCGGGCGACAUCCAACGCAAACGCAUCAUGGUCCGCGAGAUGUUGCGCGGGUGCUGGCGAUCCUGCGUUGAUCCUGACAUGCAUACACGAGCGCCCUUUGUGGCUGAUGCGAUUAUCGCUAAUCCGCCGAGCUUUGCUUACAUCCAUUGUGCUCAGGCGUUGAGUAUUCCGGUCCAUCUGAUGUUCACGAUGCCUUGGAGCAGCACAAAAGCGUUCCCACACCCACUGGCGAACAUGAGCGGGGCCAAUGGAGACACAGGCCUGAAGAACUAUAUCUCUUACGGCGUGGUGGAUUGGCUUACAUGGCAAGGACUGGGCGACGUGAUCAACGAAUGGCGGAAACAGGACCUCGAGUUAGAUGAAGUGGCUACUUUCGAAGGCCCGCAUCUUGCGGAAAUACUCAAGAUUCCGUUUACAUACUGUUGGUCCCCAGCGCUUGUUUCCAAGCCUCUGGAUUGGCCGUCUUAUAUCGACGUUUGCGGCUUUUUCUUUCGCGAUGUCCCGGAAUAUGUCCCUCCAGCUGAUUUAGAAGCCUUCCUCGCUGCUGGUCCUCCACCGGUUUACAUUGGAUUCGGCAGUAUCGUACUGGAAAACCCGGAACAGGUAACCACUACCAUUAUCGAUGCUGUCAACGCAGUUGGCGCGCGGGCGAUUGUUUCCAAAGGCUGGGCCAACUUGAGUGGCACACAGCACCACAACAUCUACUUCAUUGGCGACUGCCCACAUGAAUGGCUGUUCCAGCGUGUGGCGGCUGCCGUACAUCACGGAGGGGCGGGCACCACGGCUUGCGGAUUGCGGUAUUCCAAGCCAACCCUUAUUGUUCCCUUUUUUGGAGACCAGCCUUUCUGGGGAGCCAUGGUCGCUGCUGCUGGUGCCGGACCUGACCCUAUCCCACACAAACAGCUCACUGCCAAUUCGCUGGCCGAUGGUAUUCGGUAUUGUCUCAGCAAACACGCAGCAGCAGCAGCCUCGAACAUUGCGCAAAAGAUGAGCUCAGAGUCGGGCGUUCAUGCCGCAGUCUCAUCUUUCCAUCGACACCUUCCCGUCGACCGCAUGCAGUGCGAUCUGUACCCGUCCCAGCCGGCCGUGUGGUCCGUGUCUGUACCCAAGAGUCGAAAAAAACUCAAGCUCUCGAAAUUUGCCGCAGAAGUUUUGGUCAAAGACCGGCUGAUCGAUCAGAAGAGUCUCAACACACAUCCCAUUAAGCCCUUUCUGAUCGAAAACCGUCGAUGGGAUCCCAUCACGGGCGGAGCGUCUGCCGUGAUGAACACCACCACUGACCUCACUGGUUCUAUCUUGGGAACAUUCUACAAACCUAUCCAGGAGUAUCAACAUCACCAGAGGGAUCAUGAGGGCCGGCGUUCAGCCAUUAUGGCAAGCAACGCAUCUGUUGAGUCCGCAUCAACUGACACUGGGACGGGAAGGGUGGCCGCGGGUGCUGGUGCCACGAGUAGCAAAACGAAGGCACAAUCCGAUCAUGGUGGAGGCAAGCUAUUUGUGAAAAUGGCCGGUGCCUCCGCUAAGAGCCUUGGCAGUUUCAUUCCCACCGCGCUCAAGGGCAUGACCGUUGAUAUCCCACUUGCGAUGACCGAAGGAUUGCGUAACAUCCCUCGAUUACACGGUGAAGAGCCCCGAGAUCUCGGCCAGAUUACAGGCAUCAAGAGUGGCUUUGCCGCUGCGGGAAAAGGGUUCAUGUGGGGUAUGACAGAGGCAGUGACCGAUAUAGUCGUCAAGCCAGUCCAAGGGAUGCGACAGGAUGGCGUCAUGGGUGCGGUUACGGGACUCGGCAAGGGCAUGUCGAAUAUGGUGUCGAAGUCUGGUUACGCCAUGUUUGGGGUCUUGAUAUAUCCGAGCGCAGGUAUUGCGAAGAGCUUGCAUACGUCGAUUCAUUCAAGGACAAGGAAGUCGAUUGUCAAGGCCAGCCGCGGUGAAGGUGAAUGGAUGCUGGAGAGCGGCCAAUUUACGGGCACUGACAGGGCCCAGGUCGUUGCUGGAUUCCACGAAAUAUCGAAGGGUAAGAAGAGACGGUGA